AUGAUGAUGACCACCUUCUUGAGAAGAGGGAAUAGAGAGAAGAAUAAGGCAUUAUUUUGCAAGGUGUAUAGUAAUGGAGAAAGAAGCUUUGUAAAAAAGAAAAGGGUUGGCAUGGUGAAGAUCGAAGAAUUGAGAAAAAAUUUGAAGAGUUUGAAAGAGAGAGAGAGAGAAAGAGAUGGAGGGGUUGAAGCAGGCAUGGGGUGGGGUCGGAGAAGAGAGGUUGAUGACGAGAAAAGGUGA